AAUCUGCACAUCUAUACGGACAUGAAUAAAAAAAAUGUGUAUAUACACAAACAGGAAAAAGUAGAGUAAAAGUAGCAGGAAAAAGAUAAUCUUAUGUCUUCUUUCCUCGAACCAUAUAAUAAUCUAAAUGGUGGAUUACCGAAUGUCACGUUUUCGUCGAAUUUAUUUUCUAGGCGCAGAUGAACCCGACAACACUGAAAUCGUGGCUGCUACACGGUGAACUCGAUAAAUUGGAGCAUGUCGUUUUAGAAGGGCGCGGAUCUCGCCUGUUGGGUGAACAUUCGCCACAUAUUAGAACUCGAGUCUUCCUAAAAGGACUCCCAAAUUACUUGACAAAAAUUUCUCAAGUACACGACGCAGUUGCCCGCGGUUCCCUAUCAGAGACUCAAAGGCUCAUAUCAGAGGAAUCUAAGAAGAAGUUGACCAUCGCGAAGGAUCCAUCUGGAACGCCAUUGCUCCACAAAGCGGUCUACUACGAUCAACCUGAGAUCGUCGAGUGGCUUGUACAGAAUUAUCCUAUCACUGUGCAACAGAAAGAUAAGGAAGGUAGAACAGCGUUACACUACUGUGCUGCUUGCAAGGACCCCGAGGCAGUUUGGGAUGUUCUCAUAGGAGGCGAUUGCGACGCGAGUAUCUGCGAUAAAAAGGGCAAUCCCGCUGCUUAUUAUCUGGAUCAUAGUUCUGAGAUCGAGUUAUCGGAAGCUGAAAGGACCAUGUCUCGCCGAAAGACGAGCAGUGGAAAAGAAUGUGAGUGAUUAUAUGCCUUCAAAUUGUACUAUCAACCAUUUCUGCCUUAUGU